UCCCUCCAAACCCCAACUCCUCGCCUUCUUUCCUACCAGCUCUCAGGUUUUGGACCGCCUGUUGGAUUCUCCAUCGAGAUAAAAAAAAACUCGAGUGCUAGAUUUCCAGGUGUCCUAGCCUCUCUCGAGGGAAUCUCAGGGCUGGGGCGUUAAAUUCCGUAAUCAGGGUUUCUUGCGCUGGAAUCCAUGGCUAGAGCGGUGCAACGGGAGUCCGGAACGAGAAGCGGGGUGGGGAAGGAGAGAAGACAACCAGGGGAGAGCAGCAAUGGCGUGCCAGUAGAGCAAGGUGCGGCAGAGCGUCGCAUCUCUCGUUAUCUGGCCGUCAAGAGUCUCAUCAGCGACGAAAGAGAUGAUCUUUCGAGGGUGGACGUGGAGAAGUUUAGGUCCAUCAUCACCGAAGUGGAAAGCCUCCAUCAUCUUGUUCAGAAGCCUAGGGAACAAGUGGCUGAUGCAGAGGCUUUAUUAGACAUAAUCAACACCUUGGUGGCAUCUGUCAGGUCUCAAUCAAUCGGAGGAGUAACCCCUUCUGAUUUUGUAACUGCAAUGCUAAGGAACUUUGGGCAACAAGGUGGAGGAGCACAUUUGGAUAGUGCUCCCAACAUGCUUUCCUGGGUGGAUGUUGGUCUUGCUGUCUCUGACAUUUUCAUGGAACUGCCUGGAUGCUGCACUAUGGUUGGUCCCAUGAAUACGGAAAUGAAGCACCGGAAGGCUGUGGUACACAGAAAGCGGACAAGGCCGACUGAAAGUACUCUUCCCCAAGUGCUUGCUGAUAUUGAGGCCGAAGCAAAAGCAGAUACUGACAGAAAUAUGUCGAUUAUGUUUGAUAGCUUGAGAAAGAAGAAAAAUAUAAAACUUAAAAAUCUGGUGCUGAACAGAACAUCUUUUGCACAGACUGUAGAGAACAUAUUUGCUCUAUCAUUUUUAGUGAAAGAUGGCAGAGCUGAAAUUAUCAUGAACGAAAGUGGGCAUCAUCUAGUAUCCCUAAGAAAUGCUCCUUCAGCAACUGCAGUAACCUCAGGCAAUGUUUCCUACAACCAUUUUGUCUUCAGAUUUGAUUAUAAGGAUUGGAAGUUGAUGAUGGAUACUAUUACUAUUGGUGAGGAGUUGAUGCCACAUAGGAGAGGCAUUACUAUACCAGGCAUCUCAGUCUAUGAUGAGUUUGAGUCUGUUGCAGCUACAACAUAGAUCAAAAAGUUGACUCGGAAUCGUGGUUGGGUCUUGCAUGAGCAAUCACUCGUUGAUGACUCAUCAGAAAAUAUUUUUGAUGAAAGUCAAAAAGACAAGCGCCUGUAUCUUGGUUGGAUAGAUACUUGAUCAUGUUUCACCCAUUCAAUUUUUGUGGUCAACAACGUCAAGGAAUAUUUCUUUGGUGAACAAUGUCAACAAUGUCAAGGAAUAUCAAUGACAAUGACAAUGUCAUCUUUCAAGUGGAUGACAUUAUCAAGAAAAUGUAUGUAAUCUUUCAAGAGGAUGCGGUACUGAGGAUUAUUAUCAUUUUCUUUGGUGUUUUCAAAAGUGGUUAAUUUGUAUAAGAUCUCAUUUAUAUUAUCAUUUUCUUGGUGCAUUAGAUGGUGUAAUUCGUGCAGUGAGAAUCUUGUAACACCCCAGCCCAUUUGGGUCCUGGACCAAGCCCAUAUAAAAGCCCAAAUC